AUGCUCGACAAGAGGAGCACUGACGGGACAACAUCCGUCCACUACACCAUGAAGACUCCUCAUUCCGCACCAAGGCCGUCGCCUGGCCUACGCCAGACACAUAGCCACUCCCACUCACAAUCCAAGCUCUCCGUCUCAGCGGCAGCAAAAAGUCCAAAGCCCACCACGCCAGCAGCAUCUCCUAGGAUGCCUUACUCCGUCGGCCAGCCUUUGCCUCCUCAGAAGCUAUCACCAGCACGACCAGCCGAACCGAGAGCUGCGAGCCCCAACUACUUCGGCCUCGUAGUCGAGCAAUCAGUCGACCCCAGAGACUCCUCGGUGAUGCCACGAGACAACUGGAGCUCCCCGACGUCAUCCGUCAAGUCCUUCGCCGCCGCCCUGCCCAAACAGGUCCCCAUUGAUGCUAACCCCGACUAUGAGGCCUUCAAGCGCCAGGCAGACUUGAACCGUGGCAAGGGAUUCAGCCUCUCCUCGUCACAUUUCCCUCAAGCACCGCCAAAUCCUACCACUCUCCGCCCUCGCCCGCCAAGAUGGAACACCCACGCAAGCGAUUCUGCGUCAGACUUUCCCCUUCCGCGGACGACAAAGGAGAGGCCUAUUAGUCGCAUGGAAGUUGAGCAAGAGCCCAGUCACGACUCGGCCUACGUCUCGGCAGAUUCGAAGCGCAACUCUGAGGCGUCGAUAAACCCGCCGCCCGUGUUCAACCUGAACAUGCCGAGCCUGAACAUGCCGAGAUUCGAGUCCCCGAGACAAACGGAGUCGCCCUUUGAGCGUAGAACAACACUGUCGAAAGUCGAGGAUAGACACCCGAGGAUGUCAAUAUCUGAGAACAAGGUCGACCCGCCAUCGCCCCGUACCUCGGCAGUAAACCAACCCAGGGCGGAAACGUUGCCACCGACGAUGGAGAACGGUCCCUCCCUGAUUUCGCCCGCACAAUUGAAGGAUCUAAUCGAAUCCGACGGCCCUGAGAAGCAGCUGCUGCUUUUGGACCUGCGAGUCUCACAGCAGUAUGCCCAGGCGCGGAUUGACGGUGCCCUCAACCUUUGCAUUCCCACGACUCUACUCAAGCGAGCUACUUUCAACUUGACCAAGCUACAGCAGACGUUCCAGAACACUACCAACGAAGAGCGGUUCUCAAAGUGGAAGGCGACGAAGAACCUGGUUGUGUAUGACGCUUAUUCGGCGGACAAGCGUGAUGCCGUGUCAUGUAUGAACAUGAUCAAGAAGUUUGCCAACGAGGGGUACACUGGCGGCACUUACAUUUUGCGGGGCGGCUUCAACGCCUUCGCCGACGCAUAUCCCGAAUUCGUGGAGGAGGGAUUCGCUCCGGGCGCGGGCAGCACUUCUCCAUCUGCGGCAAACGAUGGUAACCGACCCGGCGUUGCACCAGUCAUAGGAGGCGUGAUGCUGCCAAUGGCCAGUAACAACCCUAAUCCGUUCUUUUCCAACAUUCGCCAGAACAUGGAUCUUGCGGAUGGCGUCGGUCAACUCGACAUCGCUCGUCCCAAUGGCCUGGAGUCACCUACAUUGCCCCGAUGGCUGCGAGACGCAUCCAAACCCAGUGACCAUGGUAAACAGGUUUCAGACAAGUUCUUGGGUAUCGAAAGAGAGGAGCAAUCUCGGAUGAAAGCGGCCUACUCCAUGUUCGGAGGAAACCAGAAGGACAAGAAUGCACCGCAACUUUGCGGAAUCGAGAAGGGCGGCAAAAACCGUUACAAGGACAUCUUGCCAUUCGAGCACGCGCGUGUCAAGCUUCAGAAGCCGGAGGGGGCGUGCGACUACGUAAACGCCAGUCACAUCAAGGCAUCCAGGAGCAACAAGAGGUAUAUCGCGACCCAGGGUCCGCUCCCCGCGACUUUUGAUGACUUCUGGUCUGUUAUCUGGGAACAAGACGUUCGCGUCAUUGUCAUGUUGACUGCCGAGUCCGAAGGUGGCCAGCUCAAGUGCCACCCCUACUGGCAGGGUCGGGACUUUGGUCUGAUCAAGUUGAAGCUGCUCUCCGAGAAGAAGGUGUCUCUUGACAUCGACAAGCACCGCAACAACCAAGGAUCAGCUGCUCCCUCGGCAGCCGCGGCUGCAGCUGCGGCAGAAGCUGGACGCCGACGUGCUAACACCACGAUGACGGGAUUGGCUGCUGCUGCGUCUCCCGCGCCGCCCCCAGGCGAAACGCCUCAUGUCAUUGUUCGCAAGUUCGCUCUCUCGCACUCAGCGCAUCCUUUCGCGCCUAUGCGCGAGAUUACUCACCUGCACUACCCUUCCUGGCCCGACUUUGGAGCACCCGCCCAGCCGUCUCACUUGCUCGGCCUUGUGAGACUGGCGAAUUCCAUGCAGAGCUCGGCCAGGCCUGUUGACACCAUGGCUGCCGUUAGAGCCUCCCCGGAUCCCGAGUCUGCCGACGAGCCGGAGAUGAACUCGAGGGCCAGGCCCAUGUUGGUUCACUGCUCGGCAGGCUGUGGCCGGACGGGCACAUUCUGCACGGUGGAUACAGUCAUUGACAUGUUGAAGCGUCAGCGACUGGCAAAGACGAAUUCAAGGCCGGUGCGAAAGAGGGAUUCAGACGGCGACAUUAAGAUGAGUGGUCAACCUGAAGACACCUCUCCUCGCGAGAAGACCUUCGACUUCAACCCGAGCAGCCGUCGAUCUAGCGCCGAGGCCCGCCGUGGCUCCCCGGACAGAACUCCUCUCGACACCAGCUGGCUGAACGAAGACGGCGACACCCUCGACCUCAUCCAGAAGACUGUUGAGGAUUUCCGACAGCAACGAUUGAGCAUGGUUCAAAGUUUGCGGCAAUACGUACUGUGCUACGAGACGAUCGUCGAGUAUGUAUGGAGGCAACACGAAGAGACGAAGAUGGGAAGAGCUCGAAGCGGAAGCCUGCAGCUCAGAGGGGACAAUUAA